AUGGCUUCAGGAUACGGACUUUCUGGCGGUCCCUCCCGCUGCUUCCCCUUUUGGCAGGAAGUCCUCGCUUGCUAUGUCACAAACACCAAUUCCGAAGACGAGUCUGGAAAGGCCAAGUGCUCCCCCAUCCUCGAGGAUUACUACGAGUGUUUGCAUCAUAAGAAGGAGGCUGCACGUACCCUGGCUCUUCAAGCUGCCUACCGCAAGGCCGAAGCCAACAUAAAGCGCGACGAUGCGCCAAGUGCAGGCGAGAUUAGGCGGUUGGGUAUUGUGGAUGCGACGCUCGAGGAGAAGAAUUUGAAGCCGAGCAAGUGGUUUCCUCACAAAGAGAUCAACUAG